CUGAUGGCGCUGAGGUCUUGUUGGUGAACCGUGUUAGGAGGCUGAGCUUCGUCGAGGUCUUCGAUGUUCAUUGGCGGAGAUAAUGUCGAUGGCUUGAAAGAGUGCUCGCAGGCGAAGAGAGGCCUUUGCUCAAUUCGUGAUCUUUCAGAUGAGAUACGUCGACUCGAAGUUCCAACACUUUCUACCGCAGCCCGUCUACGUCUUGAAGCAACUCUCCUUAGAAGGAUCAAUCCGACGUUACCGCAACAUCAAGUGCAAUGCCGAGACUCGCAAACGAACCCCUUCCACUUGACUUACAUUAUGUCAAACGGAUGAUAACAACCUAGCCUCUGUACUGCCCUCCUCUGACCCGACUCAGGGACACGAGCCAUGUCCAGCCACUCUCUAUGCACUACCCUCCGCCGGACUAGUGGCUCAGCCGAUGCAGGCGUUAUUGAGUGGCCGGUCGCAGUUGGAGGCAGUUGACCAAAAGAGUGGUAGUAUUUUCAAUCAA